CUCCGGCUUCCCCUCUGCACAGGCGCAGAAGCUCCUGCGUGUGGAAGCUGCGGCCCGGCGGGCGGGUAAAUAACAGAUGCGGGUAAAAGAUCCAUCGAAAGAUCUACCUGAGAAAGGCAAAAGGAAUAAAAGACCACUGCUACCUCAUGAUGAAGAGUCUUCCGAUGACAUUGCUGUAGGUCUAACGUGCCAGCACGUCAGUUAUGCUGUCAGUGUGAAUCAUGUGAAGAAAGCAGUAGCUGAGACUCUGUGGUCAGUUUGUUCAGAAUGUUUGAAAGAGAGAAGAUUCUGCGAUGGACAGCCAGUACUGCCUUCUGAUGUUUGGUUGUGCCUCAAGUGUGGUUUUCAGGGAUGCGGUAAAAACUCAGAAAGCCAGCAUUCACUGAGACACUUCAAGAGCUCUGGGACAGAGUCCCAUUGUGUUGUCAUUAGCCUGAGUACAUGGGUCAUAUGGUGUUAUGAAUGCAAUGAAAAAUUGUCGACACAUUGCAACAAGAAAGUUUUGGCUCAAAUAGUUGAUUUUCUCCAGAAACAUGCUUUUAAAACACAAACAGGUGCAUUUUCUAGAAUCAUAAAACUUUGUGAAGAAAAACGUGAAGCAGGCGAAAUAAAGAAGGGGAAGAAAGGCUGCACUGUGCCAUCUGUCAAAGGCAUCACAAACUUAGGGAACACUUGCUUUUUUAAUGCAGUCAUUCAGAACUUGGCUCAGACUUACAUUCUUUUUGAACUGAUGAACGAGAUAAAAGAAGAUGGCACCAAAUUGAAGAUUUCUCUUUCGUCAGCUCCACAGCUGGAGCCGUUAGUGGUGGAACUCUCGAGCCCAGGACCACUGACUUCAGCCUUGUUCCUGUUUCUUCACAGCAUGAAGGAAGCUGAAAAAGGACCACUUUCUCCUAAAGUUCUUUUCAAUCAGCUUUGUCAGAAGGCUCCUCGGUUUAAAGGUUUCCAGCAACAGGACAGCCAGGAGCUUCUGCACCAUCUGUUGGAUGCAGUGAGGACAGAAGAGACAAAGAGGAUACAAGCCAGCAUUCUAAAAGCAUUCAACAACCCAACUACCAAGACUGCUGAUGAUGAAACUAGAAAAAAAGUCAAAGCCUAUGGAAAGGAAGGUGUGAAGAUGAACUUCAUAGAUCGCAUCUUUAUUGGCGAAUUAACCAGCACAGUCAUGUGUGAAGAAUGUGCGAACAUCUCUACUAUGAAGGAUCCCUUCAUUGAUAUCUCACUUCCUAUCAUAGAAGAAAGGGUUUCAAAACCUGUACUUUUGGGGAAAAUGAGUAAAUGCAGAAGUUUACAAGAAACAGACCAAGAUCAUAACAAGGGCACCGUGACUGUAGAAAAUGCCCAUCAACCCAGAGCUUCCAGGAAGCACUCCGCACCUAAAGACAAGAACCAACUAAGUCAUGACAGAAAACAUUUAAGAAAAUGGCCAUCUGAAGAAGAGAAAACUGUUGUUACACACCCGAAGAAUGACAGCUUGGAAGCCAGCCCGCCUGCCAGCACCCUCAGCACUGAGGCGUCGCUGAAUGAGAGCCUCACUGACGGCAGCGAGAGAGACGCCAGCCUAGAGAGCAGUGUGGAUGCCGACAGCGAGGCUUCGGAGCCCGAGAACACUUCCAAGCAGUCUGUGCUGCUCCGGUCCAGGGGUGAUUCCUGCGGGCACGCGGAGCAGCACCCACACCUCCCACUGGCAAGUGAAUUGCCACACGCCAAGGAGACGCACGGUGGCGAGGAGGAAAUGGCGGAAGCGAUUGCUGAACUUCAUUUGAGCGGCACUGUAACUGGCAAUAGAGAUUUCCACAGGGAAAAACAGCCACUAAAUGUCCCAAAUAAUUUGUGUUUUUCAGAGGGAAAACAUACGAGGCUUCACAGUGCCCAAAAUGCUUUUCAGACUCUUUCUCAGAGUUAUGUAACUACUUCUAAAGAAUGCUCAGUCCAGUCCUGUCUCUACCAGUUCACAUCCAUGGAGUUAUUAAUGGGCAACAAUAAGCUGCUCUGUGAGGACUGUACUGAAAAGAGAAGGAAGUGCCACAAAGAAACCAGCUCUGCAGAAAAGAAGGCAGGAGGAGUUUAUACUAAUGCCAGGAAGCAGCUACUCAUAUCUGCCGUUCCUGCUAUCCUAAUCCUUCACCUGAAAAGAUUCCACCAGGCUGGCUUGAGUCUUCGUAAAGUAAACAGACAUGUAGACUUUCCGCUUACCCUUGACUUGGCACCGUUCUGUGCGGCUACCUGUAAGAAUAUAAGUGUGGGCGAGAAGGUUCUCUACGGUCUCUACGGUAUAGUGGAGCACAGCGGCUCCAUGAGAGGAGGCCACUACACUGCUUACGUGAAAGUGAGAGUACCCUCCAGGAAGCUGUCCGAGUGCAUCACCGGGAGGAAGACUGCAGCCGGUUUGAAAGAACCUGAUAGUGAAUUGGGAGGCCACUGGGUCCACGUCAGCGACACCUACGUGCAGGUGGUUCCAGAGUCAAGAGCCCUGAGUGCACAAGCUUAUCUCCUUUUUUAUGAAAGAAUAUUAUAAUAUCUGUUCAUUGUUAUUUAGGUCAUUUUUAUUUUAAUGCUGAAGUUGUAACCAUAAUAUGUAAUGUGCCUUUGUAGUCUUUAGGAAUAGUGCAUCCUUCCAGCGUUAUUUAACUCUUUCAACAUGUGGUGAAUCCUUUAAAAAAAAAAUUAAUUAAUGUGACAGGCAGUUGUGCACGCCUUUAAUUCCAGCACUUGGGAGGCAGAGGCAGACAGAUCUCUGUUUGAGGCCAUCUAGGGCUAUUCAAUAAUACCUUGUCAUGAAAUAUUAAACCAAAAAUUAAUUAAUGCUUUCAAAUCUUUUUUGUUUUUUUUUUGUUUUUUUUUUUUUUGGUUUUNNGAGANAGGGUUUCUCUGUGUAGCCCUGGCUGUCCUGGAACUCACUCUGUAGACCAGGCUGGCCUCGAACUCAGAAAUCCACCUGCCUCUGCUUCCCAAGUGCUGGUAUUAAAGGCGUGCGCCACCACUGCCUGGCUCAAAUCUAUAUUUUUAAAUGUAAAAACAUGUCUUAUGUUAAUUUUCAUGUCCAUGGAAAUUGCCCCUCUACACACACACACACACACACACACACACACACACACAGAGUUGAUAGUAUAGCAACCCCCUCUAUGAAAUGACUCAUCCUUACAUACAUUCAGAGAUGAUGCUGAAUUGGAUCUUUAGUAUACUAUUUCCUAAUGUAAUACAACCUUCCCGAGUGGAUCCAAUAUAUCUUAUGCUACAAUUUGCUUACUUUUUGUUGAAGCCUUUUUUAAGCUUGGCUGUUUUGAAUCAUACUUCCCAUUUUUAUGUGCUAGUUAUUUUUCUAGUAAACAUUGAUGUGAGUUUAUAGCUAUGAAAGGAAAACCAUACAUCCUUGCACCACCCCACUUUAAAUCAUCUCAGGGCUCUGCAGUGGUGUGUGUGUUAGUCUAUAGGAAAAGUUUCUAGAACAGUCUGAACUAGUGCCUAAUGUAACAUAAUUAUUUUUUCAUAUUUUAUGUGAGUCAGUAGUAUAAAAAGGAGCCAUUGUAAUUUUGGUAGUGUGAGUUUACAAGUAAUGAAUUGAUUCGCUUAUUGCUUUGAAUAUUUGAAGGUAUUGAAACAUUUCAUAAACUAAUCAUUUGCAGUCUUCGAAAGAUAAUUUACAACACAUAAAACUGGUAAAUAGAAGUUGAUAGUCUAUAUAGGAAUAUAGAAUACUUUAAGGAUAUCUUUGAACUAUAAACCACCAAAUUAUAUUUAUAAAUGGUAGAGAUCAUAUUCUUAUAACCAACAAUGAAUAUAUAAUACUUUUUUACUUCUAUACAUUAAUACAUGUUAAGCAUGGUUUUGUCUUCAUCAGCAUUAUUUAAAACUUCAGGUGGAUAGUUAGGGUUGUAGUUCAAUGGCAAAGCACUCGCCUGGCCAGUGCAAGGCCCUGGUUCCAUCCCUAGCAAAACAAAGAAAAUAUUCAGGUGGGCACAGACUUGCCACUCUGUUCCCCUUAAGUAAGCAGUAACACAGAAUAGUUUCUUCUAGCAGUCAAAGGAUUGAACUGUGAAAACUUAGCAUGAAAAAUAUUACUACCAAGAUUUUCAAUACUCAAUGAAGUGGUUCACUGAUACAUAGUAUUGAAUCAAGAUGUAAGGGAACAGGUUCAAUGUCUUAGUCAUCAGUGCCUGUGUUUGAUUCUAUGGGCAAAUGUGAGGGAGAGAGGCUGUAAACUGUCCAGACCUUUAGCCAGGAUCGAACCUUCUUAACAUGUGUAACAUAAAGUCACCAGUGUUGCCUCUUGAUAUGUGGCUGGGUAAAACUGAUUGUCUAAUGGAGACAUUUUAAAAUUGUGGAGAAAUUUUCAAUGGUAUUUGAAUUUUUUUAUUGAAGGUGAAGAAAUAUAUUUUAUCUGUAGAGCCCAGUUGUGUCCUCUAAAAAGAACUUUCCAGUGUCUUGUGUUUCAUCAGACAUUCAGCGUUAUUAAUCUACUGACACGGAAGAGUCUAGCACCAGAGCAAUGAAUGAGAAAAGUAAUUUAUUUGUUCAAGCUAGCCUGUCAUAGCAGUUGCACCCACACCCCUAAACAAAUGCAAACAGUCAGCCUUUUUCCCCCUCUCUCCUGGAAAAGAUACUAUUAAGACAUAUACAAUCUAAGCAGGUUCCAAUACCUGGCAUAUGACAGUAUUUUAUGAGCCUUUAAAACAGAAAAACCUGCUGAGUGAUGGUGGCCCAUGCCUUUAGAUUCAGCACUUGGGAGGCAGAGGCAGAGGCAGGUGGAUUUGAGUUCAAGGACACCCUGGUCCACAGAGCAAGUUCCAGGAAAGCCAAGACAACACAGAGAAACCUUGUCUCAAAAAACUUGGGGGAAAAAAACCCUAAAAUCUAUAUGAUUUUAUACAUUAUUCUAGUAGUGACGUGCAAAUAAAAUGUUCAUUUCUUACCUAGUGCUGAGGAGAUUCUGAAAUGUAUUUUUUUUUAAUGACCUAAAGUUUGAGUGUUUUUCUUGCCACCUGAAAAUGUAGGAAAAUGGUUUGAUUUGACACCUAGGAAUUUCUUAUCAAGCUUAUGUAAUAUAGAAAAAUCACCCAGAUCUACACUUAAAUUUUUGUUCUUACUUUGAAGUUUUCCAAAGCACAUUUGUAGAAAUUUUAAAUUGUGAGGCUACUGUACUAACAGAUUACCUCAGGAAACCGUGCAAAUAAACAGGAAUGUUUACAAAUCCGCACAACUAGUUAGUGCUUUGGCACCGUGAAUUUGAAAGGUAAAAGAGAGACGUUUUUAUCUAGAAACUGGUUUACAGGGUACCUCUAGCCCCAGUUCUCCCCUGACUUUCCCAUAUUUAAAAUAAUAAAAUUCUGAUGAUGUGCCAAUUAUGUGAAUGCUUGUGACAUAAACAAAUAUACAUCUGUAUUUAAGAUUUGUUGUUUAAUGUUUUAAAAAAUAAUAUGAAGACUGCUUAUGUAGGUGGUCAAGGGGAUGAUCAUAUAUCAACAGAGCUAUUUUACCAUACCUAAUAGUUCUUAGCUUGCAUGUGUGAUUAAUUAGUGAUUUUUAUCUAAUAGUUGAAUGAGAUAUCCUGAAGAUAUGCAAUGGCUUCAUGAAAUGUAGCUGUGAAAUGUCACCACACAUCAAACUUUUAUACUACAAAAUAACAUCCUGCCUACUUUCAUGAACUUUAUACUCAGCUUAUUUUUCUGCAUGACAUGUGGUCAUAUAAACCUAAACCAAAUAUGUGUGAUAAAAUCAAGCUUUCAGCUAGCAUCCAUUGCAGUAUUAGAGAAAUGAUUUCUGCAUUAAAAUGUUUUUGUUCAUGUAGAAAUCAUCAAUUCAAAUGUGUUUAAAAGAUGAUUAUUUUUAGGUAUCAGUAAUACAUUCAUGGUAUCAUUCCUUCUCUUUCAUCCAGUUUUACAGUAUUUUAAAAAUAUCUGUGUAACUUAUUGAGCAUUAUUUGAUCAUUGCUGUAUGUAUAAAGAUCACAAUAAAUAUUAGAUUCUUAUGUUAAUUGAUUAGGCCUAGAGUUUUUUGCAUUAUACAUUGUUAGCAGAAUGUUAAUAAACAUUGUGUCCAUGCCUA